AUGAUUGCCGUGACAACAGACCCUGAGAACUACCAUGAAGCGAUGCAGUCACCGCGCUCGGCUGGUUGGCAGCAAGCAAUGACGGGCGAGAUCGAGUCGCUCGAGGCAAACGGCACUUGGGAAGUCGUACCGAGACCUUAUGGGCAAAAGAUGUUGCACUCGAAAUGGGUAUAUAAAACCAAACGGCAUGCUGACGGUACGCUGGAGCGAUACAAUGCGAGGUUGGUGGCCUGCGAGAAUGAGCAAUCGCAUGGCGUUGACUAUACCGUGACAUUUAGUGCAGUGCUGAAUAUGACAACGGCCAAAGUUGUACUUGCACUUGCAAGGGUAUGGCGCGUUCCUGCGCGACACAGUGAUGUCCCCAACGCAUACGUGAAGGCGGAGAAGGAGGACGACCUGGAGAUCUACCUGCAUCUUCCUUAA